GAGACUGAGGGUGUCGGAUGGUGGAGUACCACUCAUGAUAGAGCGGGCUAAAUAAUAUACUAUUUUGGAAGACAUUGGAGAUAUUUCUAGUGGACACCGAUACAUCAUUAUUCGUGUUUCCUUUGCAAACUGCAACCAGGAAGCCAACUGAGUUGUGCUCCCGGCCGGCAGCAGUGAUGUCACAACGCAGUGGACAGGAAGACCCGGAGCGGUACCUGUUUGUGGACCGCGCCGUGGUCUACAACCCGGCCACGCAGGCCGACUGGACCGCCAAGAAGUUGGUGUGGAUCCCCUCGGAGCGCCACGGGUUUGAGGCCGCCGGUAUCCGAGAGGAGCGCGGGGAUGAGGUGGUGGUGGAGCUGGCGGAGAAUGGGAAGAAGGCGGUGGUGAACAAGGACGACAUCCAGAAGAUGAACCCUCCCAAGUUCAGCAAGGUGGAGGACAUGGCGGAGCUCACCUGCCUCAACGAAGCCUCGGUGCUCCACAACCUGAAGGACCGCUACUACUCUGGACUCAUCUAUACAUACUCUGGUCUCUUCUGCGUGGUCAUCAACCCCUACAAGAACCUGCCCAUCUAUUCAGAGAACAUCAUUGAGAUGUAUAGGGGCAAGAAGAGGCACGAGAUGCCCCCCCACAUCUACGCCAUCUCAGAGUCCGCAUACAGAUGCAUGCUGCAAGAUCGAGAGGACCAAUCAAUUCUUUGCACAGGUGAGUCGGGCGCUGGCAAGACGGAGAACACCAAGAAGGUCAUCCAGUACCUGGCACACGUGGCCUCCUCACACAAAGGGAGAAAGGAGCACAACGUUCCUCCAGAGUCCCCUAAACCAGUGAAACCACAGGAACAAAAUCCAGUUAGUGGACCCCUGUUUUAUGGAGAAUUGGAGCGUCAACUUUUGCAAGCAAAUCCAAUCCUAGAAUCUUUUGGGAAUGGCAAGACUGUUAAAAACGACAACUCGUCACGUUUCGGAAAAUUCAUUCGAAUCAACUUUGACGUAACCGGCUACAUUGUUGGUGCCAACAUCGAAACUUACCUACUGGAGAAGUCCCGGGCCAUCCGUCAAGCCAAGGACGAGCGCACCUUCCACGUCUUCUACCAGCUCCUGGCCGGGGCUGGAGAGCACCUCAAGUCGGACCUGCUUCUGGAUGGGUUCAGCAGCUACCGCUUCCUAUCCAACGGCAACCUCACCAUCCCUGGGCAGCAGGACAAGGACAACUUCCAGGAGACCAUGGACGCCAUGAACAUCAUGAGCUUCUCCCACGAGGAGAUACUGUCAAUGUUGAAAGUGGUAUCUUCAGUGCUGCAGUUUGGCAACAUCAUCUUCAAAAAGGAGAGGAACAGCGACCAGGCUUCUAUGCCCGAGAACACAGCGGCCCAGAAGCUGUGUCACCUGCUGGGGUUGAACGUGAUGGAGUUCACCAGGGCCAUUCUCUCCCCCAGGAUCAAAGUGGGAAGGGACUAUGUUCAGAAGGCCCAGACCAAGGAACAGGCAGACUUUGCGGUGGAGGCCCUGGCGAAGGCCACCUAUGAGCGGCUGUUCCGCUGGCUGGUGCACCGCAUCAACAAGGCCCUGGACCGGACCAAGAGACAGGGCGCCUCCUUCAUCGGCAUCCUGGACAUCGCCGGCUUUGAGAUCUUCCAGCUGAACUCUUUCGAGCAGCUGUGUAUCAACUACACCAACGAGAAGCUGCAGCAGCUCUUCAACCACACCAUGUUCGUCCUGGAGCAGGAGGAGUACCAGCGGGAGGGCAUUGAGUGGAGCUUCAUCGACUUCGGCCUGGACCUGCAGCCCUGCAUCGACCUCAUCGAGAGGCCGGCUAACCCCCCGGGGGUGCUGGCCCUGCUGGACGAGGAGUGCUGGUUCCCCAAGGCCACGGACAAGAGCUUCGUGGACAAGCUGACCCAGGAGCAGGGCACACACACCAAGUUCCAGAAGCCGCGCCAGCUCAAAGACAAGGCCGACUUCUGCAUUAUCCACUAUGCCGGCAAGGUGGACUACAAGGCAGACGAAUGGCUGAUGAAAAACAUGGACCCUCUGAACGACAACGUUGCCACACUCCUGCACCAAUCAACUGACAAGUUUGUGACGGAACUGUGGAAGGACGUGGACCGCAUCGUGGGCCUGGACCAGGUGGCUGGCAUGGGCGACACAGCGUUCGGCGCCACUUACAAGACCAAGAAGGGCAUGUUCCGCACGGUGGGCCAGCUGUACAAGGAGUCCCUGACCAAGCUCAUGGCCACGCUGAGGAACACCAACCCCAACUUUGUCCGCUGCAUCAUCCCCAACCACGAGAAGAAGGCUGGUAAGCUGGAGCCCCACCUGGUCCUGGACCAGCUCCGGUGUAACGGGGUUCUGGAGGGGAUCCGCAUCUGCAGACAGGGCUUCCCCAACCGCAUCGUCUUCCAGGAGUUCAGGCAGAGAUAUGAGAUCCUGACUCCCAAUGCUAUCCCUAAGGGAUUUAUGGAUGGCAAACAGGCCUGUGAAAGAAUGAUCCGAGCCCUGGAGCUGGACCCCAACCUGUUCCGGAUCGGCCAGAGUAAGAUCUUCUUCAGGACCGGGGUCCUGGCCCAUCUAGAGGAGGAGCGGGACCUCAAGAUCACCGACAUCAUCAUCACCUUCCAGUCCGUGUGCCGCGGAUACCUGGCCCGCAAGGCCUUCUUCAAGAAGCAGCAGCAGCUGAGCGCCCUGAAGGUCCUCCAGAGGAACUGCGCCGCCUACCUGAAGCUCAGGCACUGGCAGUGGUGGAGGCUGUUCACCAAGGUGAAGCCCCUGCUGCAGGUGACCAGGCAGGAGGAGGAGAUGCAGGCCAAAGACGAAGAGCUGGUCAAGGUGAAGGAGAGGCAGCUGAAGGUGGAGAACGAGCUGCUGGACAUGGAGAGGAAACAUCAGCAGAUCGUGGAGGAGAAGAACAUCCUGGCGGAGCAGCUGCAGGCGGAGACGGAGCUGUUUGCCGAGGCGGAGGAGAUGAGGGCCCGCCUGGCCGCCAAGAAACAGGAGCUGGAGGAGAUCCUGCACGACCUGGAGUCCCGGGUCGAGGAGGAGGAGGAGCGCAACCAGAUCAUGCAGAACGAGAAGAAGAAGAUGCAGUCUCACCUCCAGGACCUGGAGGAGCAACUGGAUGAGGAGGAGGCCGCCAGACAGAAACUCCAGCUGGAGAAGGUCACGGCGGAGGCCAAGAUCAAGAAGAUGGAGGAGGACCUCCUCUCGCUGGACGACUCAAACUCCAAGUUUCUCAAGGAGAAGAAGCUGCUGGAGGAAAGGGUGGGUGAGAUGUCCUCCCAGCUGACGGAGGAGGAGGAGAAGGCCAAGAACCUGGGCAAGAUGAAGAACAAGCAGGAGAUGAUGAUGGUGGACCUGGAGGAGCGGCUGAAGAAGGAGGAGAAGACCAGGCAGGAGCUGGAGAAGGCCAAGCGGAAGCUGGACGCGGAGACCACGGACCUCCAGGAGCAGAUCGCUGAGCUGCAGGCCCAGGUGGAGGAGCUGAAGACCCAUCUGGCCAAGAAGGAGGAGGAGCUGCAGGCGUCUCUAGCCAGGAGCGACGAGGAGAACAGCCAGAAGAACAUCGCUCUGAAGCAGGUCCGCGAGCUCCAGGCCGCGCUAGGGGAGCUGCAGGAGGACCUGGAGUCGGAGAAGGUCUCCCGGGGCAAGGCGGAGAAGCUGAAGCGGGACCUGGGAGAGGAGCUGGAGGCGCUGAAGACGGAGCUGGAGGACACGCUGGACACCACCGCCGCCCAGCAGGAGCUCAGGACCAAGCGGGAGCAGGAAGUGGUGGAGCUGAAGAAGGCCAUCGACGAGGAGACCAAGAACCACGAGGCCCAGGUCCAGGACAUGAGGCAGAGGCACGGCACGGCCCUGGAGGAGCUGUCUGAGCAGCUGGAGCAGGCCAAAAGGUUCAAAGCCAACCUGGAGAAGAGCAAGCAGGGGCUGGAGACGGAGAACAAGGAGCUGAGCAGCGAGGUGAAGGGCCUUCAGCAGGUGAAGGGCGAGUCGGAGCACCGGAGGAAGAAGCUGGAGGCCCAGCUCCAGGAGUUCACGGCCCGGGCCGCCGAGGGGGAGAGGGCCAAGGGAGAGCUGGCGGAGCGCUCCCACAAGCUGCAGCUUGAACUGGACAAUGUGUCUGCCUUGCUGGAAGAGGCAGAAAAGAAGGGCCUCAAACUGGCCAAGGACACCAGCAGCCUGGAGGGCCAGUUGCAGGACACACAGGAGCUGCUCCAGGAGGAGACGCGGCAGAAGCUGAACGCCGGCACUCGGGUGCGGCAGCUGGAGGAGGAGAAGAGCACCCUGCUGGAGCAGCAGGAGGAGGAAGAGGAGGGCCGUCGCAACCUGGAGAAGCAGCUGCAGAGCCUGCAGGCCCAGCUGUGUGAGGCCAAGAAGAAGCUUGAUGAGGACCUGGGCAACCUGGAGUGUCUGGAGGAGGCCAAGAGGAAGCUCCAGAAGGAGGCCGAACUCACCGUUCAGCGGCUGGAGGAGAAGUCCAUGGCCCUGGACAAGAUGGACAAGACCAGGACCCGGCUGCAGCAGGAGCUGGACGACCUCAUGGUGGACCAGGACCACCUCCGGCAGAUCGUCUCCAACCUGGAGAAGAAGCAGAAGAAGUUUGACCAGAUGCUGGCGGAGGAGAAGACCAUCUCUGCGCGCUACGCCGAGGAGCGUGACCGCGCGGAGGCGGAGGCCCGGGAGAAGGAGACCAAGGGCCUGUCCAUGACCCGGGCCCUGGAGGAGGCUCUGGAGGCCAAGGAGGAGCUGGAGCGCUUCAACAAGCAGCUGCGGGCCGAGAUGGAGGACCUGAUGAGCUCCAAGGACGACGUCGGCAAAAACGUCCACGAGCUGGAGAAGUCUAAGCGGACCCUGGAGCAGCAGGUGGAGGAGAUGCGGGUGCAGCUGGAGGAGCUGGAGGACGAGCUGCAGGCCACGGAGGACGCUAAGCUGCGCCUGGAGGUCAACAUGCAGGCCAUGAAGGCCCAGUUCGACCGCGACCUGCUGGCCCGCGACGAGCAGGGGGAGGAGAAGAAGAGGGCCCUGGUCAAGCAGGUGCGGGAGAUGGAGGCUGAGCUUGAGGAUGAGAGGAAGCAGAAGGCUCUGGCCGUGGCCGCCAAGAAGAAGCUGGAGCUGGACCUGAACGAGCUGGAGGGACAGAUCGAGGGUGCCAACAAGGCCCGCGACGAGGCCAUCAAACAGCUCCGCAAACUGCAGGCCCAGAUGAAGGACUACCAGAGGGAGCUGGAGGAGGCCCGGGCCUCCAGGGACGAGAUCUUUGCCCAAUCCAAGGAGAACGAGAAGAAACUCAAGAGCCUGGAGGCGGAGGUCCUGCAGCUACAGGAGGACCAUGCGUCCUCAGAGAGGGCCCGUCGUCAUGCUGAACAGGAGAGGGAUGAAUUGGCUGAUGAGAUCUCCAACAGCGCCUCUGGAAAGUCCUCGCUGCUGGACGAGAAGAGGAGGCUGGAGGCCCGUAUCUCCCAGCUAGAGGAGGAGCUGGAGGAGGAGCAGGGAAACACAGAGCUGCUCAAUGACCGCUUCAGGAAGAGCAACCUGCAGGUGGACGGUCUGAACACAGAGCUCACCGCUGAGCGCAGCACCGCCCAGAAGAGCGACAACGCCCGGCAGCAGAUGGAGCGCCAGAACAAGGAGCUGAAGGCCAAGCUGGGGGAGCUGGAGGGAACCAUCAAGUCCAAGUUCAAGGCCUCCAUCACCGCCUUGGAAGCCAAGAUCCUGCAGCUGGAGGAGCAGAUGGAGCAGGAGGCAAAGGAGAGAGCUGCAGCCAAUAAGAUUGUCCGCCGCACAGAGAAGAAGCUAAAGGAGGUGGCUCUGCAGGUGGAGGACGAGCGUCGCCAUGCCGACCAGUACAAGGAGCAGGGGGAGAAGGCCGCCUCCCGCAUGAAGCAGCUGAAGCGGCAGCUGGAGGAGGCGGAGGAGGAGGCCACGCGGGCCAACGCCUCCCGCAGGAAGCUGCAGCGCGAGCUGGACGACGCCGGCGAGGCCAGCGAGGGGCUGACCCGCGAGCUCAACUCCCUGAAGAACCGCAUCAGGCGUGGGGGUCCGGUCAGCAGCUUCUCCUCGGGGCGGUCCGGCCGGCGUAACCUGAACCUGGACGGGGCGUCGGUGGACCUGUCGGACGACGACGCAGACAGCCGCACCAGCGACCUCAACGACACGCAGGCCUCCAACGUCGAGUAAGACACCUCCGCCCGCUCCAAGCCACGCCCCCCAAUGUGUCACCUCUCCAGGAAGACCCCACUUCUACAAGGCCCCGCCCCCUCCCCUCCACCCCAUCUACCCACGACCGGAGGAGCUCCGUGGCGAGAGACGCUCUGCUUUGCGUUACUUUGUGGACACAAGCAGCUUGAUGUGUGUGUGGGCCGCGGUUCGAGCAGGCCUAGCGCCGGCCUACCGGGCAGCAUGCCGUGACCACC